CCAAAUCCCCUCUCUCCCUCCAGAAGCCUUGUCUCGCUCCCACAUGGCAAAAGCACAAAUAUCUCUCAGGAAAUAAAGAGAAAAAAAAAAAAAUCUCCAACUUCCUGCCACUGCUAAAAAUGAAAAGUCUUUUACCUCACUGACUCACAGUUCACUCUACUCUGUAUGGCCAUCACCACCAGCAUUUGUUCAUCACCAAACCAACCACCAAUUCUCCCAACACUUUCACUCCCAACCAUCCCAUUCACACCACUCAAAACCCACCACCCUCUCCAACUCCACUUGCCUUUUCCCUCUUCUUCCUCCAAAUUUGGUGGCAAUUUAGUCUCCAAUGACGCAUUGGCCAUUGCAGCAGCGGCCGAGGCACUGGUGCUGGCCCGUGCUGCGGUGGAGGCGGCCAUAGACGCUGUGGCGGUGACGGAAGAGAUUGGUGAGGUUUGGAGUUGCAGGGAGAAUGGGAAUGAGAGUAGUGGACUGGUGGCGAGGAGGAAGAUGAGGAGGAAAAGGAGAAAACGGUUGGAGGCUUUGGAUGAGGAGAUGAAUAGGGAUGUUGAAGAUGGAAUGGUGUCAUUUGGGUUUGUGAGAUAUGAACAUCUGAGCCCAAGAGAAGAAGCAGAAUGCUGUCUGAGUCUCAAGGAGGGAGCAAGACUAGAAUCAGAAAGGUUCAGAGUUGUAGAAGCUCAAAAGCACGAGCCAACCUCAAAACAGUUGGCCAAGGCAAUGGGAAUGAAGAUGAGAAGUAUAGAUAAGGUGCUUUGUAAGAGAAGAGAGUCACAAGAAAAGAUCAUCAGGAGCUACCGGGGACUUGUUGUCUCUGUUGCCAGCAGUUAUCAAGGGAAAGGAUUAAGCUUUCAAGACCUCAUUCAGGAAGGGAGCAUUGGUCUUCUUCGAGGGGCAGAGAAGUUUGAUCAUGAACGAAAAUGGAAGUUAUCAACAUAUGUCUACUGGUGGAUUAGGCAAGCUAUUAUCAGAGCCAUAGAAAACAAGUCUAGAAUAAUCAGAUUACCAGGACACGUGUGCGGCAUGAUGGCAAAAAUCACAAAAGCUCAAAAUUCCUUGAACCAAAGGCUUCAGCGGCUGCCUAGCCAUGAUGAACUUGCUGAAGUGAUCAAAGUGAAUGCUUCAACCGUAAAGCUUGUUUGUGAGAGGAGCAGACCCCCAAUUUCAUUGGAUAGAGUGGCAACUGUUCGAGGUUCCAUGACACUGCAGGAGAUCAUACAAGGGCCAGAGGAGAUGAUGCCAGAAAAGAUGCUUAUAAGGCAGCUAAUGAAGCAAGAGGUCGAGAAGCUUCUGAAGACGCUGAGUGAUAGAGAAGCAAAUGUAUUGAGAUUACACUUUGGACUCAAUGGAGAGAGCCCUCAGUCUUUUGAAGAGAUAGGAAGACUGUUAAAGCUUUCGCGGGAGAGGGUUCGACAGAUAAAUGGAAUUGCAUUAUCAAAAUUAAGGCAGACUAGUACUUUGGACAUAUUGUAUAGUUUUUCUAUCAUGUUAUGAACAGAUAAAGGAAAUAGAGAAAGGUAAAUAGCAUGACGAGAAAAAAGAAUAUACA